UUAUGAGCCGCAUAUUUUUUUCCAGUAAUCAUACAUUAAGUGGAACUAACAGGUGAAGCUACCGACAGCUAAAAGUGCUAACGCUGUUAGCGUACAACAUUAAAUCCGACCAGAGUUCGGUUCAGAAGUUCAAUUACCUGAUAUUCUUAUGGUCUCUUCUGUACAGCUAAGAUCUCUCCUUUAUCCAUUUUUAAUCAGAGGAGGUAAACCGACACCAUUCAUUCCAUUUGCCUUGGCCUGUGUUUUCUGCAUGUUUAAUGGCUACAUGCAGGUCAGGUACCUGAGCCAUUACGCUGAGUAUCCAGAGUCCUGGGUUACACACCCGUUCUUCAUCAUAGGAUCUGUGCUAUGGUUGGUGGGUUGGUUGGUAAAUAUGCAUUCUGACCACGUCCUGAGAACCUUGAGAAAGCCUGGAGAGACUGGUUACAAGAUUCCCAGAGGUGGCAUGUUUGAGUAUGUGUCCGGAGCCAACUUCUUAGGAGAAAUCACAGAGUGGGUUGGCUUCGCUCUGGCCGGCCACUCCUUGCAGAGUUCUGCCUUCGCCGUCUUUACCACAGUGGUCCUCGGCAGCAGGGCUCUGGCACACCACAAAUGGUACCUUGAAAAGUUUGAAGACUAUCCCAAAAAUAGGAAAGCGCUGAUACCAUUUGUACUCUAAUUUAAUUUUAAAUAACCUGGAGAGGUACUGGGUUUGUUCUCUGAGGUUACAGAAAGCUAUUUUAGUAUGUGUCAUGUCAGAUAGACUUGUUGUAUGUUUACAUAUGGCCAUUUUAUGAGGCAAGUUUACAAUUUUAAACAACUGUAAAGUUGAUGUACUGGAAGUGUUGUAUUUAUAGGAGUGCGAAGGGGCCGGGCAGUGGUGCCCGAGAGGAAAUGACACCCUGAGUGAAGCACGUCUUCAAUAAUACACCUGGUUUUGUAACGAUAUGCGCAGCAGUAAACUAAUGACCCUUUUCAAACUCUGCAUGGUGACUGUUAAUCUAUCUGAUAAACAGCUUAUUGUAUUCAGAUCAAGAUCACUUCUUCAACAGUGUCGUGGCUGCCAUGCAUUACGGCAGCCAUGGGGGAUCAUGGAAAGGCUUCAAAUUUUCAAACACUUUUCUGGUGUAAGUAUCACAAGAAAGAUGUCACGGCGUUGGCAAAUACGAGAUGAAAUGUACAAAUAGAACAGGAAAAUAUAAACAGAAUUAACAAAUAGAACAUAUACCAAAAUAGCAACACCUCUGUCUUUAGAAUUGAAAUUGGCGUGACAGACCAGAUGUUUCAGAUGGAUAUAAAAAACUUUUACUUUUUUGGUAGGAUUGCCCAUACCAUGAGUAUUCCAGCUAAUUAAGCAAAUAGAUGUGCCUUGGUAGAGGGCUGGGAUUUAAAUGAGCCGCACACAUUUAUAGAGUGCCAGGGCAAAAGGACCCCCCCCCCCCCCCCACACACACACACACACACAAGAAAAAGUCUCCAAAAGGGAGAUGGCAGUGCAAAAAGAAAACAGAGGAAAAAGUUGCUGCCACAUAUCAAUUAGUGACAGCAGCUUCGGCAAUAAGCCAAACUAAACCCAGAAGAAAAAAAAAUUAAAAGGAAAAACAGGAAAAGUGACUAACACAGAACCAAAAUUGAACAAUAGGCACAAGAAAUGAUUGAAUAGUUCACUACACCUAUGAACACAAACAUAAAAACAAGUAUAAUAUUGACAAGUUUUUAAAAUAAGUUAAAUAGUUUGAGAACAAAUGAAACAAGAGCAAUCCAAGAUUUCUGAUGUCCGCCGAUCCGGAUCGCCUCUCA